AUGGAUAUACCUACCACCACGACCACUGACGACGUUUUAGCUCAACUGACGACCCGUCGACCAAUGGACGACGCUUUUCUCGAAGGCUAUGUCGCAACUAAGGAAUUAGGCGACUACGUUCCCCUCAUGAAUGAUAUUUUCAAGACAGACGACAAAGUUGAGGCCGAAUCUCCUGAUGCACGACGCGAGCCAGAGCCACCAUGGACAUCGAACGAGGAUAAAACCAAAUACCAUUAUCCUGCUCCGAACUUCGGUGAACCAGCUGGAAAAUGCUUCGAGGUUGUACAAAAGUGGGAUCGUGGGAUGUGCGAGGCGUGGAGGGAUGAAAUUGACAAACUCUUAAUUUUUGCUGGUCUUUUUUCAGCAGUCGUAACGUCAUUUGCAGUCGACUCCUACAGAUCGUUGACUCCAGAUCCAACUGAUGUUACAGUCCUCUACUUGGCGCGAAUUUCUCUCCAACUGGGCAACGGAAGCGCACCGGCCCUUGAACCUCCAUCAUUCACACCCCCACCAUGGAGUGUCCGCGUCAACAUCCUGUACUUCCUCAGUUUGUUCUUAUCCCUCACGACCGCCCUUCUCGGGAUCCUGUGCAUGCAAUGGAUCCGAGAAUACCAACGAGAAUCCAACUUUUCACACAAAGACGCCUUCGCAUUGCGUCAGAUGCGAUAUGAAGGUUUCCGGCAAUGGGGCGUCUGGACGAUCAUGACCUUGCUUCCUCUCCUCCUUCAAUCGGCUCUGGUGCUUUUCUUCAUUGGCUUGCUAGACUUUCUUUGGAAUCUGAAUGACCUAGUGGCUGCGGUGCUCUCCGGAUUCAUUGGCCUCGCGCUGUUUUUCGUGUUGGCGACGACUGUCCUGCCGGCCUUUCAGUUCUUGUUUCAUGGGGGACGAAGGCUCUUGACACCCCAGUGCCCGUAUAAAUCGCCGCAAGCAUGGGCGUUUUACCGGCUUUUGGCGGCUGUGAUACGCCUCCCUUUGCGGCUCAAGCUAAUCACUGAUUAUUCCGACGGAUUUGGCGACCGUUGGUUCAAGGCACACAAGUAUUCCUGGAGAACACCUUUUGCCCGUGCUAGAGCUUCCUUGAAGUUGCGGGACUGGACUCGAUUCGAUGGCUACUGGCGCGCGGCGCGAGACGUUCGCGUAAGUUGGGACGAGGAUCCCUCCUCGACGAAUGAUUGUAUGAAAGGGCUGGAAUGGCUCGGACGGACUCUCCCUUCAGGCUCAGAAGUAUUCUUCUAUAUAUAUCAAUCUAUUCUACAGUGGGGUGCGUCCUCGGUGGAGGAAUGCCCUCCGGUCCUGGAGCGGAUGUCACCAGGAUCGUCCAACUUUCUCGUCCAGGUGCUCGGAGACGUGAGGCACCAAAAUAACCCUAUCUUCGAUAACAGGGACGUCAUCCAACUCUUGAGCCUUGAACACCUCCGUCGUGACCGUGGCUCCCAGGUGGAACCUGCACUUCGCAAUCAUGCUCUGGAACUCAAUAUUCGAAUCAUCAACUCUAUUAACUCUCUCCCUGAAGCUCUUAUCGGAACAAAAAGAGUGACUACUGUUUCUUGCAUCUCACUGGUGAACAUUCUACAUGCAGGUUCGGGGAAUUGGGCAGAAGUCCCACCAGACAUCACAGACCAACUGCUACUUCUCAACCGCGGCCCCAUUCAAGAACCUCCCCCGCUCUCCCUUUUCAUCGCAUGUAAGGCGCUCGAAACCUGGAUGUCCACCCAACCCUUCUCCAACCACAUUCGUGUCAAACAAGUCAUGGAAUGCGCUGGUUGGGUCAUGGGAACAUUUCUGAACAGAUCGCCGCCUGAGAGCCCUACAAGUUGGCAUUGGAGCAACCUUGCUGAACACCCCAGCGUCGCUUCUUUGAUCCGAAAAUCCACUGCACUGGUGAAGUUGGGCAUAGCAAACGAGGCCUUCGCGUCAUCGUUUGGACGACCGAGGAUGUAUAUCCUCGACUCCUCCUGGUCAGACUUUUCGUUCAAGGGCGUGGACAUUGAGGAUGGGGACAUCGCAGUGCUAGCGGAGAGCUAG